AUGUCACAGAUUCUUGAGGCUAGAACACCUACUGGAUCGCCUAAGAAAAGUCCUUUCAAACCUGUAUAUCCAAGAAACUCGUCACCAAUAGCUGGCAAAUAUAAUUUCAUAAAAAGGUCACCUUUGAACUUUUCCACACGAUGUGUAGCAAUUGACGAAGAUGCAAGGAGAAAAUCUGUAUUCAUGAGUAAUGUUAGAAAUGAUUCUAUUUCAAUACUCUCUGGGUCAACUUCAGUACAAAAUGUGAAUAUAAAUGCAAAUAAGUCACGUUCAUCGUCUCCUAUUCGUUCAAAUUCUGGUUCACCAUUAAAAAAUUUGGUUAACAGUUUAAACGGGUAUGAAAGGUCCAGUCCACUAAGGAGGAAUAAAUCGGUCUAUUUUAGUCCUAUGGACCAAUCUAAUGAAAGUAGUGAUAAUAAUUCAGUUUUAGAUAAUAUUCCAUUUCCUUUUUAUGAAGAAUCUCAGUCAGAUAGAGAAGCAGUUCUUGAACAAUAUUUCACAAAAAAGACAACGACUGAAACUCUAAUAGAUCAAGAAAAUGUUAGUCCCAAUGAUAAUGUAACAAAGAUUAAUAGAAAGAAAUCUUUAAACCACGACCUAAACAGGAGUGUUUUCAACGAAUUAACAUCCAAAGAAUAUGAGGGAUCUAUUACAGAUCCCAAAACAGAAAAAAUUAUCUAUCUACACUAUAUUAAAAGAUGA